AUGGCUCGUUCCAGUCCAGGAAAAGACGGCGAUUGCAGUGAACGCAGAAGAGAAACGAUCUGCCCAAACUUGGCCUACCUAAUGCAGCAGAUGCACGCAAGGCCAAGGGAACGAGGUGACGAUCGUGCAUUUAUUAGCGUAAACGACGGCGACAACUCGAAGCGAGUCUUUCCAUUCCAGGCGACCCCGAGCGGUAAUCUGAAGAUCGUUCCUAAUCAGGUGGUGUUCGAAUCGAAGAAGGUCAGCGUGCUGGUCGCUGAUCCGAGGCACACGAAGGUUAACGUCAAGGCCGAGCUGAAUAGACCCGGAAACGAGCUCGGUGGACGCGUAUCCGAGGCUUCAACGAGACCAAGGCUCAUCGAUCUUCCUUUAGGUGUAUCGUCGUCCACGAUCAAUCAGUUGCAGCCUCCGAGGAAGCUGCCAGCUUUCGAGGACGACUACAGGCCCAACAUGCAUCCGUUCAAGUCGAAGCUUGCCCACGCGGAGACGAUGGAGCACAAGCAACAGCCGACAUCGUCAGGGUCUCACGAAAUGCCAGUGUUGCAGGAGGUGCCACUCUCCACACUCGGAUUUACGAGUGAGCAGCCAAUCGAUUGGGAUAACAUAAUUCUCCCGGAGAAGACUGACCUGUAUCAGGAGUUAGCCAGGCGUAUCACAAAUUACAAGAACGCCGACUGUAUUGUGCGAAUCGAUCAGGACGAGUUCCAUUGCCACCUGCUGGUGUUACAGAGCUAUAGCAGCUUCUUCGACGAGAAGAAUUGCAAGGAGGUCGAUCUCACCGGGACGGAUGUGACUUCCAAGUCGUUCUCCAUCAUCUACGACUGGAUGAUCAGCUCGCAGAACGGCUGCUACCACCUUUUGCAAAGAGACAACAUCCUGGAAGUCUUUACUACGGCGCAAUAUCUGGGAAUUAAAGAACUGGAAGAACAAUGCUGGGCUUUCAUAGACAACGACGAAUUGUUCUCGGAAGACACCGCGUUUCUGUUGUACCUGGAGGCGAAGAAAUUUCGCAACACCGCGGUCAUGGAGCUGAUGGUACCCAGGAUCAUGAAAUUCUUCCUGAUGCUGGUCAGCACCAAGGAUUUCCUCGAGUUGACCGUGGACGAAGUGUGCCUCUUGUUGAAGUCGAAUUACAUUUCCGUCAAUAGCGAAAUGGAGGUUCUCAUGUCCGCUGUGCGAUGGCUGAUGCACGACUGGGCGAACAGGAAGCAGAACAUGCUGGAGGUUCUGAAAUGCGUUCGAUUCGGAUUGAUUGCACCGUGGCAGCUGGUAGAUGUGAAGAGAAAUCCGGAAAAUCCUGAAUUUAUGGAACUAAUGUCCUUCCCAGAGGUGCAAAGGAUGGUCGACGAUGGCCUAGCCUUUGUCAUUAUAAAAUACUGGUACCGUAAUCAAACGGAAGAUUACUAUCACUGGAUCGAUUUGCUGGGACUCACGGAGCCAACUAACCGCAAUUGGGCCGGGGAGGACAAGAAUUACGUGACGUAUCGAGAAUUUCUGCUUUACCUCGAGGAAUAUCAGAGAACGAAACUUUCCGAGUUCAAGAUGCGGAAAACACGCACGAAACCUACCGUGCCUGCUGCCAACUCGUCUCACAACGAUUACUCGUUUGCAUCCCCCAAAAUGCCGAAUAACUACGUCCAGAGCUCGGGUACAAUAAAUCCCUCAGGCGACGCAGCCGCCAUUCAUAGCGGGACGACGAUGCAUUCGAAGCACCCGAAAUCGAUAGCGCCAAAUUAUUUACCACUGGAAAUGCCAAAAGGCAUGCCGAUGCCUCCGAAAUUCAUGAACGACUACUUGAGCAACUUCGAAAGAAGCAGAGGGCUCGACGAGAGGGCAGUGGCCUUCGACGUGAGGUUCACUGGAGGAGGAGAAUCUCCAAAGCCCAGCUACAAGACUUUCAGCAGCGAGAAAUACACGCAGGAACACUGUCAACGCGGCGUGAAUUCGCCGGACGUCGAUAAAUUGGAUUACGAGAGCCGGCAGGAGAAGAACGCGACGGAUGUUUGCCGGUGCCAGCAGCAGCGCGAGUCGAAUUUCAUAUUUUCCGCGAGGAAGCAGCAGACGAGGUGUAAGAUGCCGAGGGAGCCGGAAGAACGCACAGACUCUGGAAUAUCCGAGGAAGAGGCCGCUACUACGAUACAGGCCGUUUACAGGGGAUAUAAGAUUCGAAGAAGGCUCGACGAAAUAAGGAAAUCAACGUCGUGGGAGAAGCGGAAUAUCAAGAAGGUAGCGGAACUUUUGGCUAUUCCGAUGGACGAAACGCUUCGCAAUCCCUCGGUAGAGCCCAUCGGAAUUUCAAGCAGCUCGGCAAACCAAAUGAGAAACGAGAAGGACGAAGCACCGCUCCCGUUGACUCCUAGAAACAGAAAUAGGGAACAAUCGAGUCUUCGGAAUCAGAAUCAACGUUGCGUUCAGGAUCAAACGAACAAGUACGACACACGUGCCCUUUGUUACCCGACCAAGGAUCAGGGGAAACAAGUUCCCGAAAAUCUGUCGUGCCAACGGGACAUAUUGAAAUCCGUCAGGACCAUAAAGUCGCCGACGUUUUUCUCCAACUACGAUGAAAGAACUAGUUCUCCAUCGGACAACACAGACACGGAGGAGCCCUACCCUGUGUGUGCAGAUUCGAAAUCGAAGACCACGGUCGUCGACAAUGUUGCAGACAACGAGAAAAUCAUUGAAACCGUCUCUCCGAAUGACGAGGAUGCGCAGAAAGUGAUACCUGAUGUCAAAAGUGUCCAGGUUCGACCUACGAGCUAUAAACGACCUCUUCCGCAAAGGAUCAGCAGCAGUAUGAUAGGUGGCAACGCAGACGAUUACUACUCCAAGAGUUCCUUGUUCUUUCCUGACAGGGAGUCGGUCCUCGUGUUUGGCGGCGUGGAUCCACACAAGGAAUAUGGCCGGCCCGGGAACACUGGCAAGGACAUAUACAGGUUUAAACCUGACGAGAACAUUUGGGAAUUCGUGGGGGAAAUUCCACAGGCGAGGCAUCACCAUUCGGUCGCUUACCUAAGAGGCCGUAUUUACGUAGUGGGUGGAGCGGAUCCUCUAGAAGACAAACUUCACAGAAAGAGCAUUGCGGUCGGAAGCGUUUGGAGUUACGAUCCGACUACCAGGACUUGGUUCAAUGAACCUGGCAUGCUGACAGCUAGAAAGGACUUUGGAUUGGUGGUCAGCCACGGGAAAAUGUACGCGAUAGGAGGGCAAGGCAGGAACGGGAUAGCUUUGAAGACGAUGGAGGCUUUCGAUCCGUUGGACUCCACGUGGAAAGAAGUGCAAGCAAUGCAGACCGCAAGGGUGGGACCUUCCAGCGUGAAAUAUCGUGAUCUUAUCUGGGUCGCUGGCGGCAUGACAAAAUCGAAAAAGGAGCUAUUCUCGAAGGACGUGGAAUGCUACGAUCCGAUCAAAAAUUUGUGGUUGAAAGCUAUGCCACUGAGGUCACCGAGAUGCUUUGCUUCCUUCUACGUGGUGUCCGACUGUCUUUACAUCAUUGGUGGAGCAUCGGCUAUGGGAAACGCCACUCCGAGCAUCGACAGCAUCGACGUAUGGGAUGGAAACGAUUACGUUUGGAAACAACACGCCAACAUGUCGAUCGCAAGACACGGACAUUCUAUUGGAUCGAUAGGUGAUCGGUUGUUGAUAAUUGGAGGAGUAACCACGGUGUUCAUGAAAACCUUGAAUAGCGUUGAGUGUUAUUGUUGCAACAUGGAGAAAUGGAUGAAAGGCGUAUCAGCUUUGCCACAUCCUGUUUCCGGUCACGGAACCGUGUCUUUACCACCAGCAAAUCUUCUGAUAAAUCACUGA